AUGGAACCCAACUGGGCCGUGCGGAACGCUGAGAGGCUGAAGCGGGAGGCGGAGGAGAAGAAGCGGGAGGAGGAGGAGACGAAGCGGAAGGCGGAGGAGAAGAAGCAGAUGGAGGAGGAGCUCGUCUGGAGGAGGAAAAAGCAUGCCGCAGUCAUUAAGUCAAUCCGCAAGUACGAUCCAAAGGCAAAAUCUCUCUGGUGUGGACCAGAUUCCACUUCGAGGACUUCUACAAUUUCGACCUCGACGAGGAGUACAAUUGUGUAUGGUACAGCCAUAGCAAGAGACUACCUUGACUUUAAAUGUGUUUAUCUCUUCCGCUGCCACAGAAGGGAUUCCCAGCUCAUCAAGUCACAGGAUAAAUCGCUGAUCUUGACUGGCCCAGCUCGAGGACUUAUCUUGUCAGAUUUUAUAUAUCUCGAGGUGGAUCUCAAGAUUAAUGGCGCGCGGGGGCAGGACAAACAACUUAGCAAGGGAUUGCUUGAGAUUGAUGGCCGAAAAGUUACCCGAUUGGAAACAAAUGAGGUUAUGCAGGUCACUUGUGCUAGUCAGCUUAGCACUGUGGAGGUGAAAUUUACGGUUGUUAACAGAGCAGUGGAGGCCACUGUUGAGAUUCAUGUCCUCUGGGGCUAUUUCCACGGCCAAAUCUCAGCUCACACCAGCAGCAUCCUCGAUGAAUUUGUCCUUUUUAAAGGUGAAACAGGUGGCGUGUUUACUAGUGAUGGCAGUAGAAUUAUCCCACUGUGGCUUCGCGUCGUGAAUGUAUGUUUGACAGAGAAGCUGAUCUUUACAAUUGAAACUAGAGAUGGCACCAAACUGAUCAUCGAGUCAACUCCAGCCACACAUGGUUCAGAUUGCUAUGAAUGUCCUUUCGGUUCUGAGAAGUUCCGUGUGAAGGUAACUUAG